UCCAUAGAAAUCCGCAAACAGUUGUAUUUUGUCAACAGAGAUGCGCAACAGUGGAACUUCGUCUCUUACAUAUCUAUACUAAUAUAUAUUUACAAAUAAGUAGAAAUCGUUUUGAGACAGAACUGCGGAUUCUGUACUACAGUCAAGCAAAACGUGAGCUCGUGUGUGUGCGAAAAAGCGAGUGAAAUAGUCGCUUAAAACAUAAAAGAAUAACAAAAUGCCUUCGAAAAUUGCCUUGAGCGCUUUGCUCGUGCUUGCCGUUAUCAGUAGCCUUCCAGCAUCUUUAGGUAAAAAUGUAGACAAACGUUGCGUGAAUUGCACAUACCGCACGUACUACACCUCUGGCGGCACAACGCAAUACACAGCGCGCGACUCAACCGGCGACACGUAUGGCUGUCAUGGCAAUCCAUGCGGCGUGAAUGCUGUUUGCCAAGAGGCGUCUGGCGGUCGCCCUGUCUGUUCCUGUCCACCCGGUCAUAGCGGCAAUCCGCUGACUCACUGCAAUCGUGGCGAAUGCUUGGACAAUGUGGAUUGUCGUGGUGAUUUGCAGUGCAAGGAUAAUCGCUGCGUUAAUCCUUGUGUGGGUGCUUGUGGCGCCAACGCUAAUUGCGAGCCAAGGAAUCAUGUUGCGGUCUGCAGUUGUCCAACCGGUUUUAGAGGCGACCCAUUCACCGCUUGCCAUCGCGUCGAUCCUGACGAACAAUGUCAUCCAAGUCCCUGUGGCGCCAAUACCAAAUGUGAGAUUAUAAAUGGCGUGCCCACAUGCUCGUGCGUUCAUGGCUUCACUGGCAAUCCCCUGAGCGGUUGUCGCCAUGAAUGCGAGCACGACGGUGAUUGCAGCGCCCGCGACAUGUGCAGCAACUACAAGUGUGUGCCCGCUUGCCAGCAGUGCGGCACUGGCGCCACCUGUAACUCCGUGUCCGGUCAUCGCGCUGUAUGUGAAUGUCCCAAGGGUUACAUUGGCUCACCAUACACAGAAUGCCGUCCGGAGUGUUAUGGCGAUGUCGACUGCCCAGCCAGUCGCCCCGCCUGUUUCUAUGGCAUUUGCAAAAAUACGUGUGAUGGCGCGUGCGGUGUUGGCGCUGAUUGUAAUCUGCGCGGUUUGACUCCUGUGUGCAGUUGCCCACGUGACAUGACUGGCGAUCCGUUUGUGCGUUGUCGCCCAUUCACAAAAGAGGAUCUCUGCGAGCCUAAUCCUUGCGGCACAAACGCCAUCUGCAUUCCUGGCCAUGACAAUACAGGACGUGAACGUCCAGUCUGCAAUUGUCUGCCUGGUUACACUGGCAAUCCUUUGUCAUACUGCUCGCGGGGUGAAUGUUUGAGCAACAACGAAUGUUCGGACAAUAAAGCUUGCAUCAACUAUCAGUGCGUCAAUCCUUGCAUCGGCAAGUGUGCGUCGGGCGCUACUUGCGAACCAAAGGCUCAUUUGGCGGUGUGCAAGUGCCCAGCUGGAUAUUCGGGCGAUGCUUUGGUGUCGUGUCGUCAAACGCGUGCCUUCCCCGUAGCCAAAUACGAUGGAUGUGUCCAAUGUGGAAAAUAGAAUAACUGAGAUCGUUGAACAGGACGAUGGUAACAACUGCCAAGCACUAGAGAAGAUGCACAUUUGGGGUGUAAGCUGCCAUCUACCUUUUACACCGCGUCUUUCUGGGAUUCUAAGUGGAUUUUUUCUUUGUUUUUAAUUUUUUUUCUUGUUAUUAAUUUUUUUGUACUAGAUUUAAAUCCUUUUACAAGCUGUUCCGAAAUUUAAGAUUUUUGUUUUAUUUUGAUUUAUAAAUUAAGCAUAUUUUUGUAAUAAUACUUUGGUUGACAUAUAA